AUGGCGGUUUCAGGCGAGAAGAAAAAGCCCUUUUUUGGGCUGACGGGUGGAUGGCUUACCUUUUGGGUCACGGUUGCCUGCGCGACUGACAUGACUCUAUUUGGCUACGACCAGGGCGUUUUCAGCGGCGUGGUUAUAACGCAGGACUUCCUCGAGCUCCACGAUCUGGUCGGCCCUACAAAAACCAAGACACUUUCUACUGUGACAGCCAUCUACGACGUGGGCUGUUUCCUAGGCGCUAUUCUGGCUUUCACGGUUGGCGAGCGCCUGGGACGCAAGAAGGCUCUUUUGCUGGGCACGACUAUUAUGGCGGUUGGUGCGAUUCUGCAGACGACCUCGUUUAGUCUGCCGCAGAUGUUUGUGGGCCGGAUUAUAUCUGGUAUAGGGAAUGGAGUAAACACGGCCACGGCUCCGAUAUGGCAAACAGAAACGUCUCAACUAAAGUGGCGCGGUAAACUGGUGAUGCUCGAGAUGAUGAUGAACAUUGCCGGCUAUGCUUUUGUCAAUUGGAUCAACUACGGUCUCUCUUUCGCUGGCGGUGCUGUUGCCUGGCGAUUCCCAUUAGCUCUGCAACUGCUAUUCAUCGCGAUCCUAUGGAGUACAACACCAUGGCUUCCUGAAUCCCCUCGAUGGCUCCUCGCCCAUGGCCGAGAAGAAGAAGCAAUCGAAGUCCUCAGCUGUCUCGAAGCAAAAGCACCCACAGACCCAUUCGUGAUAACGCAGCGCAACGAAAUCGAAUUCGCCAUCCAGUACGAGCGCGAGAACGCAGUGCCGUGGCGCGAUUUACUCAAGAGCCGCCCAAACGACACGAACAGUCUCCGGCGUCUCCUUCUAGGCGCCGGCAGCCAGUUCAUGCAGCAGUUCGGCGGCAUCAAUAUCAUGUCUUACUAUCUGCCUACGGUGCUGACGAAGUCUGUUGGAUUAGACGAGGAGACGGCACGGCUGUUGACGGCGUGUAAUGCCGUCUCCUAUUUCGUAUUCUCGGGCAUGGCGGCCCUGCUUGUUGAACGGAUGGGGAGAAGGGGGUUGAUGCUUCUGUCGACGUUUGGUCAGUUUAUUUGUUUUCUGGUUAUUACUGUUCUAUUAUCGUUUGCGGAGAGCUCAAGUACUGGUAACGGGCAGGCAUUUGGGUCUGCGUCUGUGGCUUUUAUCUUCCUGUUCCAUGCGAGCUUUGGAAUCGGCAUGCUGGGUGUUCCGUGGCUGUAUCCGACGGAGAUUAAUUCGCUGCCGAUGAGGACGAAGGGGGCUGCUGUGGCUACUGCUACUGACUGGAUCACGAAUUUCGUUAUUGUGGAAAUCACCCCAAUUGGGAUCCAGAAUAUCGGCUGGAAGUUCUGGAUUGUCUGGACUGUAACUAAUCUGAGUUUCCUCCCUGUGCUAUACUUCUUCUAUCCAGAGACAGCAAACCGCAGCCUUGAAGAUAUCGACGCCUAUUACCGCACCGACCCGUCGCUUAUUGUCAUCGGGGACCCAGACGCCAUCUGCAAGAGACGACCGCAGAAAUAUAUCGAUCAUGAGGAUGCGGAAAUUCAACGAACAGCUGCCAGCAAGGUGAUUGAUACUGGGGCGGAGCAUGUUGAGGUUACUGGAUCAAUGGAUGACAGGAAUUAA